AAUAGGGAAAAAGGGUCAAAUUGUAUAUACAUUAUGACCAUUUUUGACACUUUCUGGCUAGCACUUCCGCUACCGUUAACUGGCGUUCCAGAAAAGAAACCCCAAAACCAGAGAUGGCUCUACUGUUCACCAUCAUGACUCCUCCUGCUACUCGUCUCUCUUUUCAUUCAUCAUCAACUUCUUCGGCGUUUGCUCACUCAUUCUCCAGGGUUUGCAACGAUCCCAUUGCUUGGCAACCAAAGUCACAUAUCAGUUACUAUAUUCGAGCACCCUUUAUCUUCAAAGAGAGAAGUGUCUGGAUUGCUAAGGCAGCUUCUGAUAUUGAUAGCGGGGAUUCUGAUAAUCUGGAGAGUGAUGAGGAAAGUUUCUCUGUUGAUAACCUGCCAUUGGAUUCUAAGCUUCAGCUGAAGCUUGAACAGAAGAUGAAAAUGAAGUUGGCAAAGAACAUCAGAUUACGAAGGAAGAAACUUGUCAGGAAGUGCCGCCUUAGGAAGAAGGGGAGAUGGCCACCUUCAAAGUUGAAGAAGAACAAGAAUGUGUAGUCUUUACCACAAGAUGUCUCUGCGGGUUUUCGCAAUUCACCUUUUUGUAACCUUGACAUCAAUGUCUUCAACUUGUAAAUAAACAAAUAAGGAUU